GCUUUCAAUCGAACGGAUCUUCGAUGCAAAAGUUCUUCCAUCAUGGCAGGAGCAACUGACCUUCAGGGCCUUCGUGGUGAGCUUUUUUCUGAGUGGUAUUUUUGGUGUCAUCGUUAUGAAGCUCAACCUCACCACUGGGAUUAUACCUUCCCUCAACGUCUCUGCUGGGCUUCUUGGGUUCUUCUUCGUGAAGACAUGGACCAAGUUAUUGCAGAAAUUUGGGUUUCUCAAGCAACCUUUUACCAGGCAGGAGAAUACCGUCAUUCAGACUUGCGUAGUUGCUUCUUCCGGCAUUGCCUUUAGCGGAGGUUUUGGGAGUUACCUCUUUGCAAUGAGCGAGGCUGUUGCUAAACAAUCAAAAGAAGCUAACAACGCACAAAACAUUAAGAACCUAUCUCUGGGAUGGAUCAUUGGGUUUCUCUUUGUUGUUAGCUUCCUUGGGCUCUUCUCUGUGGUUCCUCUUCGAAAGAUUAUGGUGAUUGAUUUUAAACUGAUCUAUCCGAGUGGUACUGCAACUGCACAUCUUAUCAACAGCUUCCACACUCCACAUGGAGCAAAAUUAGCCAAGAAGCAAGUCAUGGCAUUGGGCAAGUUCUUCUCAUUCAGUUUCUUGUGGGGAUUCUUCCAAUGGUUCUUCACUGCAGGGGGUGAUUGUGGAUUCUCUAACUUCCCUACAUUUGGUCUCCAAGCUUAUGAGAAGAGGUUGUACUUCGAUUUUUCGGCUACAUAUGUUGGGGCUGGGAUGAUCUGUCCUUACCUCAUAAACAUAUCAAUGCUAGUUGGAGCGAUUCUUUCAUGGAGUAUCAUGUGGCCUCUCAUUGAAGCUAAAAAGGGUCAUUGGUAUGCUGCGGAUCUUCCUUCUAGCAGCUCCCAAGGCUUACAAGGUUACAAGAUUUUCAUUGCCAUUGCGAUGAUCCUAGGAGAUGGUCUCUAUAACUUUUUGAAGGUCUUCAAACAAACUCUCUUUGGCUUGUUUCAACAACUCUAUGGCAACAAAACUGGAGAGCUUCCCAUAGCUAGUCCCUCUGCUCCUGCGAGCCCACCUCUCUCCUAUGAUGAUCAGCGGCGAACCCAGAUUUUCCUCAAAGAUCAAAUAUCUCCAUGGGUUACAAUUGGAGGCUAUGUUACCAUCGCUGUCAUCUCCACCAUAACAGUACCUUUCAUUUUUCACCAGCUCAAGUGGUACCAUGUCGUAGUCAUCUACAUCUUCGCACCAACCCUAGCCUUCUGCAAUGCAUAUGGCUGUGGACUCACUGAUUGGUCCAUGGCCUCAUCCUAUGGGAAACUUGCGAUUUUUACAAUUGGUGCAUGGGCAGGGGUCUCUAAUGGUGGAGUUCUCGCAGGUCUUGCAGCAUGCGGGGUCAUGAUGAACAUUGUCUCCACAGCUUCUGAUCUGAUGCAGGAUUUCAAGACUGGGUACCUAACAUUAGCUUCACCUCGUUCCAUGUUUUUGAGCCAAGUUAUUGGAACUGCAAUGGGUUGUCUUAUCUCCCCUUGUGUUUUUUGGCUUUUCUACAAAGCCUUCCCUGAUCUUGGUGCCCAAGGGUCUACAUACCCUGCCCCUAAUGCUCUCAUCUACCGCAACAUGUCAAUAUUGGGGGUUGAGGGGAUCUCAUCUCUACCAAAGCAUUGCCUUCAACUGUGCAUCAUCUUUUUUGCUCUAGCCAUUCUUGUCAAUGCUAUCAGAGAUGCUGUAGGAAAGAAAUGGGCAAAAUAUAUUCCACUCCCAAUGGCUAUGGCUAUACCAUUCUACCUUGGAGGCUACUUCGCAAUUGAUAUGUGUCUUGGGAGUUUAAUACUGUUUGUGUGGGAAAAAGUUGACAAAGCCAAAGCAGAAGCAUUCGGACCUGCAGUAGCUUCCGGAUUGAUUUGUGGGGAUGGGAUAUGGACUUUGCCCACCUCAAUACUUGCUUUAGCUGGGGUGGAACCUCCCAUCUGCAUGAAGUUUCUCUCAAGGAAAGCAAAUGCCAAUGUCGAUAAAUUGUUAGGCUCUUAAACCAUGCCUCAGUAGUUUUAACUAUUCUGUUCUAGUUAUAUUAGAAAUAUCAUUUUAUCUUUGAACCUCUGCAUGUAUGUGUAAAGGUAAACAAUAUAGU